CGACAGGGUACAUAGUUUCUUUGUUCACUGGAGAUAUAAACAUGCAGCAAACUUUUUGAUUAUGUUUAGUUGAAUCUUUAGUUGGAUAUUUGGUAUUGAUAGACUUUGAACAAUACUAGAUUAGUGUGUUUUGCUUGGUUUCAUAACCAGUUAGACUGGAUAUCUCGUUAUUUGAUUUGAAUCAAAGGUAUAUAGAGAUUAAAAGGUUCAGUGGUAAACAAAAUGGCGACCUUUUCGCAGUCCACCAUUGAAAAAGGAUCUGAAACUGUCCAAGAUUUCUUGUGUUCAACUUGUGAGGAUGAAAAUCUGUUUGAAUCAAAUGAUUACUAUUGUGAAUCAUGUGUGAAGUUUUAUUGCCAAAAAUGUAUUCACAUGCACAGCCAGUUGUUUAAGAAAAAUUCCCCUCAUGGACGGGGAGAUAUGAACAAAUGGCCAGUGGCCAAGAAGGUGGAAGAUCUUCUCCUUAAAUGUGAUGUUCAUAAAGAGGAAAACCUGAAGAUGUAUUGCGAAGACCAUAGCCAGCUGUGUUGCACUAAUUGUGCAUUUCUCAAUCACAGACAAUGCAAAAAUGUAAAGCUUUUGUCAGACUUAGUUAAGAAAAACUCCACGGACCUGAAGAAGCUAUUAGUUACUAUCCAAACUAUUCUGGGAGAAAUCAAGAUUCUGCAAGACAAACAGAAUGCUAGCAUGCGGUCUGUGCAAAGUUCGUACGAUGAGCAGUUAACAAAAAUACAGGAAACACGCAGAAAAAUAAACGCAACCUUGGACAUGCUUGAAAAGAAGACACUGAAGGAAAUGAAAGAUGAACUGACUAAACUGAAAGCCUCCCUUAGGGGUGAUGUAGACAAAUUUGCCUCACUUCGAGAUGAAUUAAAACAACUUGGAGAUGCCAUACAAGACAUAAUUGAUAAAAGCAAGCUGGAACUAUCUUUUGUAGCAAGCAUUAAAUGUCAGGAAAAGAUCAAACAGUCUGAAACCUAUAAGAAGAAGAACUUUGAUCAAAUAAGAUCAUCAAUAGUUUUUCAGCCUAACAGUGAUAUUGAGCAGUACCUGUCCAAGUUGUCAGGUCUUGGGACUAUUGAACACAGUGUCCAGACAUUGACUGCGCAGGGAAAUCCAGACCAAGUUAUAAGGCUGAAAGGAAUUGAACACAGUGUCCAGACAUUAACUGCGCAGGGAAAUCCAGACCAAGUUAUAAGGCUGAAAGGAAUUGAACACAGUGUCCAGACAUUAACUGCGCAGGGAAAUCCAGACCAAGUUAUAAGGCUGAACGGAAAGUCUGAUAAGUAUGAUGUGAGCAUUCCAAGUGAUUCCUACAAAUGCUUUAUUUCAGCUGUCUGUGUUCUCCCAAACAGAUUGGUCCUGGUUUUAGACAACAUCAAUAGUAAAGUUAAGCUGCUGGGUGAGCAGUACCGCGUGGUGAAUCACUGUGAUGUAUCUUCGUGGCCACAGGACAUAUGUCAGAUAGCACCCAAUAAGUUUGUAGCGACUGUGGAGGAUCGUGAAAACACUCAUGAGCUGCUGUUUAUCACAGUCAUCAACAACCGGAUUGUCAAAGGCAGGAAGCUCAAGUUACAACAUAGCUGUGGAGGUAUUGCCCACCACCAGGGUGACCUGUUUGUCACAUCUCGUACUGCACUGUACAAGUACACAAUGAGCGGUAACCUGGUCUGCAAACUGUACGAGGACCAAUCAGAUGUAGCAACGGUACAUAGAUGUGCAGUGAGCCUGACAGGUGACAAGUUGUACAUCACCAACCGCUCCAACCACAAGCUCCUCACCCUGGCCAUGGAUGGAUCUGUCCUUGCAGCCUUUACUGACCCUGAACUGAAAUAUCCAAAUAUUGUUAAUGUUACACCUACAGGUCAGGUGCUGGUGUGUGGACAAAGUUCCAACAAUAUCCUACAGAUUGACAGUAAGGGCAGCAGGAAGCUGGUCACUCUUGCUACACAGAGGGAUGGGCUUCAUAACCCAUACUCAGUCUGCUACAACAGCAACACUGACUCCAUUAUUGUGGGACAGCCGGAUAACAACAAGAUCCUGGUGUACAAAGUGAAAUAGAUAAUAAUUAUUGCAUCAUUCUCAUAUGAGUAAUAAUAAUUGAUAAAAAUCACAUUGACUUUUACAGUAAAAAGUGUUAUGUUACAAUCCUGACAAUAUUUCUGAAAUUUGGUAUAUGCUUAAUUAGAAGUGAUAUAAAUAACAAUAUAAAUAUGAAUAACAAUAAGUGUUAGGGUAAUAGUGUUAUGUUACUAUAGCUGUUAGAGUAAUAGUGUUAUGUUAAAAUGCAGUAAUGUUUUUCAAGUGUUCAUAUAUAUGCAGUAAU